AUAUGAAAUUUUCAAUUAUUGGAAAUCACUAAUUACUGUUUUUUUUUUUUAAUUAGUAUUUGAUAGUUAGUGACUUCAUGAAUAAAGUAGUUGUGUAAGUGGACUGUUGUUAACCUCUAGUACGCCUAAUUUGUAUAAUUAUUGUAUUGAAUAAUGUCAUAAUAUUAAUCUUUGCUGAGGAGAAAAGUAGCUAGAUCUACAUUAUACACAUUUUUAUUUGGACAAGACAUGACAAACAUUGAAGUGUUCAUUAUCUAAUUUAGCCAAUAUACCUAUAUUGCAAGAUUGUUUAUUCACGGUGUUGUAGCAGUUAUAAAAUAUACCAAGUACUGAAGUACCUAUGUAUAAAACAAAAACAAUGUUUUCAAUCGGUGUAAAAUCAAAUCAUUUUUUGAAGAAUUUCACAAGCUUUAAAAGUAAAGUUCAUAUUAUUACAGAAUUUAAGACUUUCUCAACGGUAUCCUACAUACAAGGACAAUCGCCAGAGAACAAAAUAAGAGAGUAUUUCUAUUAUAUAGAUCACCAAGGAAUGCUUUUUCUGGAUGAUAGCAAAAUGAAAAAUUUUACAUCAGCUUAUAAAGAAAUAGAUUUUUUGGUUUUUUUUUUCAAACGGUUAAAAUUAAACACAACUGAUCGAUAUAAAGAACACUUUCCAUGGAUAUCAUUGUGUGGUAGAGAACGGAAUUUUGUUAGGUGUGACGACUAUCCAAUAGUCUUCAACCAAGUAAUUAAAGGUGAUAAUGGCAAUCUCUUAUUUUGUCAUAACCAUGCUGGUCCAAAGUUGACAGUUCAAUUUCAACCCGAUAAACUCUGGAUGGAUGUUGAAAAUGGUAGAGUUUAUCAUCCAGCCAAUGAGCAACAUGGUUCAAUAGGACUUGUAUCAUCUAAAACAGCUAUUGAAUUCAGCAAAAUGUUUAUAUACAAUGAUACAGAUAACUAUGUGCCUACACAUUUUUUGUGGAGUGGUAAAAAGUAUGUUCUUGACCAAUACUGGUUUAAACACUUGAUCCACAAAUGAGUAAAAUUCAAGUUUUUACCUGAAUAGUGUUCAUCUUAAAUAUGUAUACAUUUAUAUGUUAUCAUAAAGUUUACAUUGUUGAAGUUGAUCUGUGUAUUUCGUUAUUUGUUUUAUAACAAUAUUUUUAUUUGUGAUAACAAUUAUUAAUUAGUGUAAGAAAUACUAUAACAAUUCUGUAAAAGUUAGACUACAUUAAAAAGAGUACAAGUCCAUAUUAAUAUAAUAAUUUAAUUAUAUUUUUCAUUGUAUUAAGCUCAAUAUUUUACAGAUAACAAAAAGGUUUGAUUCUUUUUUGGUAUAGAUUUUUCAAGUAUAAUUUUUAACACUUUUAUUGAGUGUGGAUCUACUUAUAUAAGACAUGGA